GAGAGUCACACACCCGCCCUUUUCACCUCCCUCUCCAUUACCUCACCAUGUGAACUUUUUUUUUUUUUUUUUUAAUAUAAAUGUGUAGCCAAAGAUGAGAUCUUUGUAUCUUAGUGGCUUCGCUUCUCUUUUCUCUCUGAGAUUCUCUUAUUUUUUUUUGAAGAAAUACAACUAAUAAUCGAAAUGGGGUUUCUUAUUUUUCACUGAAAGCACAUGAUUCUAAUAGUUUUUAGUUUUUUUUUAUAAGCAAAUGCAACAAAAAUUGUGAUGGGGUUUCUUAUUUUUAACUGAAAAAGCACAUGAUAGUGUGUUGUUGUUUCAGUGAGAUUUUGGAGAGUAGCUGCAGAUGAAGAUGAGGGGUUAUUCAUUCUUUACUGCUACUCUCAUUUUUGCUGUUUCCAUUUGUUUCAGCUCAAUUCCUGCUGAUUCUUUACCAAGAGACUCUUUUAAGUCCAUUUUAGGGGAGGGAAAUUUGGAAUCAUGGAAGGAUGGUGUAUUGCACUCAACAGAUAUGGCACAAGCACCAAGUGGGCAUGCGAGCACGCUUGUGCUGGCGGGAAACAGGACGAGGAGGCCAGACUUUCUUUCUGGUUUCCACAAAUACAGAGGUGGAUGGGAUAUUGCCAAUAAACACUACUGGGCAUCUGUUGGUUUUACAGGUGUUGCUGGUAUCAUACUCGCUCUGCUGUGGUUCAUUUCUUUUGGAUUGGCUCUUGUAGUGCAUUAUUGCUGCGGAUGGAAGAUCAAUAUUAGAGAUGGAGAACGACAUUUUUCAGAGAGAAUUUGCCUGAUCGUGCUUAUCAUCUUGACAUGUGCUGCAGCUAUCGGUUGCAUUCUUCUUUCUGUUGGACAAGAUGAUUUUCACGGUGAAGCAUUGGACACUCUAAAAUAUGUUGUAAACCAGUCAGAUUACACUGAACAGACAUUGAGAAAUGUAACACAAUACCUGUUACUCGCAAAAACUGUAAAUGUGGCCCAGAUUUUCCUCCCUUCAGACGUAAAAGAUGAUAUUGAUUGCCUAAAUGGAGACCUAACUUCUGCAGCAGAUAACCUCAAGGAGAAAACAAAUGAAAACUCAGGAAAGAUACGAAGGGUCUUCAAUGCUGUGCGGUCAGCUUUGAUCACUGUUGCUGUCGUUAUGCUUCUCAUAUCCAUUCUGGGUCUUUGCCUCUCUAUCCUUGGCCAUCAACACACAAUUCACAUAUUUAUCAUUAGCGGAUGGUUGCUGGUGGCAUUUACAUUCGUUCUCUAUGGAGUUUUUGUCAUUAUUAACAAUGCAAUUUCAGACACUUGUAUGGCAAUGGGAGAGUGGGUGGACAAUCCUCAUGCUGAAAGUGCUCUUAGCAACAUCCUUCCAUGUGUUGACCCGAGAACUACAAACCAGACGCUAUUCAAGAGCAAACAAGUCACUGUUGAUCUCGUAAAUAUUGUCAACGGAUUUAUUGACACAUAUGCAAAUUCCAAUCCAUCUAAUCAUCUCAAUUCAAAUUACUAUAACCAGUCAGGACCCGUUAUGCCACGUCUCUGCUAUCCAUAUGACUCCCAAUUGCAAGAUCUGCUAUGCCCGGCUGAUCAAGUGUCUAUGGCAAAUUCUUCAACGGUUUGGCAGAAUUAUACUUGCAGUAUAUCUGAGGCCGGAAUGUGUACUAGCAUCGGUAGGCUGACACCCGACAUGUACGAACAGCUAGUGGCAACGGUCAACAUAAGCUACGCUCUUGAACAUUAUGCACCGCCACUGCUUAAUCUCCAGAACUGCAAUUUUGUCCGCGAUACAUUCAAGAACAUCACAGCCAAUCACUGCCCUCCAUUGGAACACCAUCUCCGAGUCGUUAAUGCAGGGCUAGCCGUCAUCUCAGUUGGAGUCAUGCUAAGCCUUGCGUUGUGGAUAGUAUAUGCAAACCGCCCCCAAAGGGAGGAAGUGUUUGCGAAGCUCUCUUCGCGUAUAAAAAGCAGCUGCAAUGGUAAGAAUGUUAGCUGCAGCAAUAGCAACAUUGAUUUGUCAUCAAGAGGCACAACUCCAAAAAUUGGAGUGUAGAUAUAUUACUAUAGAAUUUCAGCAUAGAAAAAAGAGAUUUAUUUUGAUCUCUUUAUAAGCCUUUUUGUUCAAUAUAUGGGGCAAAGCACCAUUUUUUUGA